UACUUAUUUUUAUAUCACACUAACAGCGUAAAUUAAAAUAUCUAAAAUUAAAUUUCAAUAACAAUAUUUAUCGAACCGAAAUAAAUGAACAAAGGUUAAUGUGCUUUUCUACAUGAACUCUCAUCAUCAAUAGUUUAUCAUAUUUAAUUUAAUCCAAUUGAAUCAUUAUUAAUUAGAUAAAUAAAUUGCCAAUUUUAUUGGAAAGAAAUCAAAUUUAACCGAUAAACAAUGGAAAAAAGUGAUAGUAUUUUUGCUAUGAGGCAAAUGAGACUUGAUGAAAAUAAAUAUCACAGUGAAUUUUGUACAAUUAAUGAUUUUGAUGAUGCCAUUGCUACUUUAUUUGAGGAAUUUGAGGCAUUAGAAGGACCAUUGAAUAUUAAUUUCGAUAUCAAAACAGCAGAUGGUUUAAAAUCAUUAUUUGUUGUAUUAAUGAACACAUCAUGGAAUUUAAUUCACAAACACAGAGGAUUAAUGAGAAAUCAUGAUAAAUUAAAAGAAGAACAUUGUAGAAUUACAAAUGAUAAUUCAAAUCUUCACAAUCAAGUAAAAAGAUUAAAAGAAAAAAUUGAAAAAAUGGACAUUAGUUUGUAUGAAUCAAAAGAACGUGAACGACAGCUAAAUGUUAAAAUAAAAAAUACAAGCUGUGAUUUAAAAAAAGAAAAAGAUGAAAAUGUAAAAUUAAAAAAACAAUUACAAUCAAAAGAUGUUCAACAUGUUCAUGAACUUCGUAGAGUACAACAAAAUGGAAAUAAAUUACAAGAUCAAUUUCGAAAAUCAGCUGGAACAUAUAUACCACGUUCAACAGUAUCAAAAAAUUAUUACACUGAGCAAGAAAAAAAAGUGUGUACAUAUCAAAAAACAAUAUCUCGUUUAGAAGAAAAUAAUUGUUUGAUGCUUCAAGAAAUAAAUGAACUUAGAGAAGCACUUGAAUUGCAUGGUAUUGAAUCAUCUGGUUCAUCAGCAGAUGAAACACAAACAAUAUCAUCGUUGUCAUCAUCAUCAUCAUCAUCAGACAAAAAUUGUAUUGCCUGACCACUGAUGACAUUUUAUUGGAAAAAUGGAAAUUUACAAUUUAUGAUAAGCUAUAAAUCUUUACGCUACAAGAAUGGCAAAAAUUUAA